AAUAGUUUAAAGAGGUCAUUAAUUGUUAACAGUUUUACCGAAAGGGUCACAGAACUGUGCUGUGGUGUGUCAACAGCAGGGAGAAUCUAUUUACCGCACUAUAACAACAUGGGGUUGUUCAUGUUAUAUUUGUUUUGUUUUAUAACUUUUGAGCUCUAUACAGCUACACCGACAGGUACUUUAGAUUCUAAUGGAGACUAUAUCACGAAAAAUUUGGAAAAUAUAACAGCUGCUAGAAAUGCAACUGUAACACUGCAGUGCCGUACUAAAAUUGGUAACAAAAUACAGUGGAGGUUGAUGAGUGUAGCCAACAAUCCGGAAGGAAAAUUACUUAAGGAAAUCGUUGACUCAAAUGUAUUCGAACUUACCUCGGUAAAACCUGAACACAAUGGUAUUUAUGCCUGUUUCGUAAAUGAGUCCCCCCUGAAAAGGUACAAUGUAACAGUAUUUGAAUCGCCAUAUUUUCCAAGGAAAAUGUACCAAUCGAAAUUGACGCCUUCGGGAAAUAGGCUUAAGUUAACUUGUAGAGCACGAGGUUUCCCCCAACCAAACGUUGUGUGGUAUAAAGACAACCAAUCGCCGCCCAAAAGAGAAAUGGGAGACAUAAAAAUCAAUGAUUGGAUCUUAACCUUUAAUGACUCACGAGUAGAAGAUUCAGGGAACUAUACCUGCCUUGUAUGUAAUGUUGUCGGUUGCAUUAAUUUCACAUUUACUGUGGACGUUUUCAAGAGAUUUCUGGGCAAACCAGUGUUAAUAACUAAACUGGAGAACACUACCGUGUCGGAGGGUGCUAACCUUACUAUGAAGUGCGAGUUUGCCUCUGACUUACAUCCUUAUAUAAGAUGGGUUAGGUUUAGGAAUGAAACUGGGCUUAUAAUUGUACAGAGAAGUGAUACUAGCUAUACUGAACCUGAAGUGCUUAGAAUUUUCAAUGCGACACUAGAAGACGAGGGAUGGUAUGCCUGUUUCAUUGCUAACGCCCUUGGUACAACCACGUCUAAGGCUUAUCUACAUGUUAAAUAUAAGGAGCCCUCGAAGGAACCACAAAAUCCCAAGCAGAGACUACAUAAUUUACUUUUCAAACUUCUCCAAUUCCAGAAAACGGAUCCUAUUCUGAAUUUGUAGGUGUAAUCCCUCUCACUGUUUCUUAUUAUAGCCAAAGGAAAUUUAUUUAGAGAGAAACUAUGUAGUUGCAAUAAG